AUGUUAAAUUCAAUAAAUUACGCUCAUCACCGGAUUCUGAUAUCUGUGAGAAAUACCUUGCUUAUUCGCCUCUCUGCAUACCACCGAAACCUCCCUGAUGCCUCCCUGACGCGCCUUUUCGCAGUUCGCUCCACACACUUGCCAUUUGUUUUCGGGAAUCCAAUAUCGUGCGCGGGGGGCAAGAAUCUAGAUGCUGGACUCUCUCCCGCUGUGUCCUGCCAACACACACGGGGCAACUUCGUCUGCGCCUCAUCUUUCGCGCUUGCUCAGCUUUCGGAGGGGGGUGCAACUGAAGAGGGAGGAGGUUGGGGAAUACAAGGAAAGGAAUGGAGAGCCGCCAUCCUCAAUGCUCAUCUUCCAGGUGCGUCGAUUGAAUCUCACAUCCUCUGCCAUUUGACUUUGACGCAUGCUCUUACUUUUAGAAAUCGCCAUGGACUUGCGUCUGCGAAAUUGAACGUGUCCUUUGUUGGGACAACGAGGGGUGGCAGGGCUAGGCAGCAAUGCUCACGCGCAGACAACACCUAUGACGAGCACAUGCGUUUUGAUUGGGGUUCAGUCUGUGGCUCGAUCCGCGGAAGGUUUAGCUGUGUCCCAUUGACUCCUCCCCCUCCCUUUCUCCCCUCCCCUCCAACUGACGACCCCAGUUCAGUGUCAGGCUUGGCCCACGGCAUCGAGAUGUUGCCACUAUUGUGCAAAUGUAACGGGAAACGAUUUCAUUUGCUCUUACGGCCAUGUUGCACAUCAAUGUAUGUUAUCACAAAAUAUUUCCGUCAAGGUGGAUGGCCGGCGCUUUCCAUCCAUGGGGACAAAGAGCAUCGCUUCAGAUUCAGGACCCUCAACACAUCCCUGCGGAAUGUUAGGUUCAGGACCCUCACCAUCGUCCCUGCUGCCACUCUUGGAUCUUGA